CCAUACCUUUAAUGUUGUAAAAAUAUUUUAGAAAUAUAAGCUCCAACAUGGAUUUUGGACCCCUGGACUACUACUACUCACGGCUGUUGGGUUAUGUAUGGAUCUUAAAGUGGCAUUGUUUAAUUUUGGUUUCUUUUUGAAAAGUAGAGUCAAAACAUGGUAUUAAAUGAGGUAUAGAUUAUUUUGUGCUUCUGUUGCAAUUGAUAGCACUGUUAUUACCUGCAGCACAUGACUAUCAUUUCAUCUUAAGCCUUACAAGAUACAACAGCCCUUGUUGGUCUGUGAUCUAAAAAGGUAAAAUAAAGUGUGAGAAUGUGCCAAUUCCGAAAGGAGACAGGAACAAUUAAGGGAUCUAAGACUUAUGAUACCACUGCUUUAAGGCUGCUUGUUUUUGGACACCGUAUGCAGGCUGGCGGAGAGGAGGCAGCUUUAUUUAAAUGAAAUGUAGCUCAUGGUAAAAAUCAGAUACAAGAUAAUUCCUAACUGUAGGCACUGAAGAGCAAUUUGCUAUCUAAAUGUGGGUGCCUGCAAUCCUUUGGAUUGUCUGUUUUUAUGUUGAGAUUGUAGAAUAAAAAAUGUUUGAUUUGAGGCUAAUAUACAUCUUUAGUGUCACCUUAUGGCAAAUCAUUUUGUUUUUGUAGCUUGUUGUUUUAAUUAGAAUAUAAACUCCAUUACUAGUUUUAUCUACACACAUAAAAUACAUCUUUUAAUUGUUUUCCUAACAGUAUGUCAGAAUUUUGCUAAUAAAAUGCAAAUAAUUCAUUUGGUUAGUGAGUUUAAAAGCCGCUGUAAUGUGUUGAGCUCUGUUAGAUUAAUCCAUAUCACAGCAGCUGUUAGAGAAAGCCGAUUGUAGCCCGGUGUUGUGUCGAAAAAAGCUCCCCGCCGCGACCAUUUCAGCACGCUAACUAGCUAGCAGAAACCUGGCAGCCUGGAGACAGGUUUUCCUGUCGGACACGAGCCAUGACUGCCCGCCGUAGGCUGACUUAACUCCGUUUAGGUGCUGAGGUUGUCGUGGUGGUGAGGUAAGUUGCAGACUGGUCCGGGUUAAGGUGACAGAAAUAUACCUGUCUGGACGAGAAGAGAGCUGGCUAGUCAGGAUUAACACUAGCUUAGUUAGCUACAGUUAGCUAACCCUCAGCUGUCACACAAAUGUUAGUGUUGAAGCUAAGCUAAAGGCUGCUGCCUUUGGUUACAGAGCGCUUUGCAUUUUUAUAUGAGAGACAUCAUGUCUUCCCGGGAUCGUCGGCCAGAUGUCUACAUAAAGGCAGAACCGAGCAGUCCAGAGGGAGGUGGGGGAGGUCGGACCAGUCCUGGCGGGGCCUCUUCAGACUCCUCUCAGAGUGGAGGUGGAGGAACCAGAGGAGACACCAAGCGUUACUCACCGCCACUCUACACUCCGGCUCUGCGGUGUCAUUUUAAAGAGGAGGGCGGCGAUGGGGCUGAGGAGGGCUCCACUGGUAAUGGAGCGGGCCGUUGCAAAUACGCCCUGAGCACGCUGCCCAAGAGGCUGUGUCUGGUGUGUGGAGACGUGGCUUCAGGCUAUCAUUACGGCGUGGCGUCUUGUGAAGCCUGCAAAGCAUUCUUUAAGAGAACCAUUCAAGGUAACAUUGAAUACAGCUGCCCAGCAUCAAACGAGUGUGAGAUCACCAAAAGGCGUAGAAAGGCCUGCCAAGCAUGCCGCUUCACCAAGUGCCUCAAAGUCGGCAUGUUGAAAGAAGGAGUUCGUCUUGACAGAGUCAGAGGAGGAAGACAGAAGUACAAAAGGCGCCCUGAAGUGGAGAAUGCAACGUACCAGAGUGCUCCUCUACAGCUGAUUAAAGAGAAUGAAAAAGGUUCCGUCAACAUCAUCGUGUCCCAUCUUCUAGUGGCGGAGCCAGAAAAGUUGUUUGCCAUGCCGGACCCUCUGCAGCCUGACACGGCCCAGCGUACGCUCACCACCCUUUGUGACCUCGCCGACCGUGAGCUGGUUGUGAUCAUCGGCUGGGCCAAACACAUUCCUGGCUUCCUGUCGCUGUCUCUAGCAGAUCAGAUGUCGGUGCUGCAGUCGGUGUGGCUGGAGGUGCUAGUGCUGGGUGUAGCGUACCGCUCUCUUGGCUGUGAGGAUGAGGUUGUGUUUGCUGAGGAUUUUGUCCUGGAUGAGGAGAUGUCUCGCGCCGCUGGACUGACGGAGCUAAACGCCGCAAUUAGCCAACUAGCACGUCGUUUUCGAGCUCUAAAUGUGGACCGGGAAGAAUUUGUCAUGAUAAAAGCCAUCACACUUACAAACUCAGACUCUGUUUACAUCGAGGACAUGGAAGCUGUGCAGAGGCUGCGGGACCUCCUCCACCAGGCCUUGCUGGAGCUGGAAUGUCAGCGGCGACCGGACGACCCCCAACGUCCGGGACGCCUUCUUUUAACAUUGCCUCUCCUCCGACAGACUGCCGGCCGAGCCCUUACCACCUUCUACAGCAUCAAGACCCGUGGCGGUGUACCCAUGCACAAACUAUUUCUGGAGAUGCUGGAGGCCAUGAUGGACUCUCCGUAAAGCAAAAGAACCAAGGAGGGAGCCUACGAAGAUUGGGUUUUCAAGAGUGGAUGAGUGGUUUAUAAAAAAGGAAAGAUUUUAUUACAGAAAUAAUAAUGAGGAAAUAACGAUUUUUUUUCAGUUUUAGGCAGGAUAAAGAGAGAGAAUAAGGAAAAGAACAAGCUUAUUUCUUCACAUUUGUACAUGGAAGUUGACUUUUAACAUUAAGAUGUACCAGCUUCAUGGUAUACUCAUCACAACAUCAACCUACAGUUACGUAACCACUUAAGGACAUUGUUUAGGUACCCAAAAACAGACUGCAAUCAUGUAGCUUUAGAAACUUUAUUGGUACAUGAAAGCCAUAUUAACAUAUCUGAGUUAGGGGUGAAACUGAAUCGCACAUGUAGUUCUUGUAUUUAGUGUAGUUUAGUGAGCCGUUGUAGGCGAUCCAUAGAAAUCACUCGCAAUAUGUUAAAAGCAAUAUAAUGACUCAGUUAUUGUCCGUCACAUGCAAAUUCUAGAAGACGUCCCUUACUAUGUGUGUAUUAAUUGUUCUCCACUCUGGACCCCAAGUGCCAAUCUUUGUUGAGUUCUGGGAUCUUGUAUCCUUGGUGGAACUGGUUGGCAUGGGAACCACUGAUUUUACGUGCAGGAUGCUUUAUAAAAGCAUGUGCGAUAGGUUUGUAGUCCUGGAGACAGUGUGUCCAUAAAAAAAACGCUCUCCAUAAGUGUUGUAUGUAAAUCCUAAGGCCACACACACUAGCUUCCAGCGUGCGUAUUUGUGGUCGGCGCAGUCAAAACUAACGAGGUCAGGGAAGAACUCUUUGAUAUUAAAGCUUUUUGUGGCAACAACACUCUACAGAAAAUGGUUCUAAGCCUCAUCUGCUUUUUUAUAUUCCCCUCCUCCACUAAAACCACACUUUGACCUCUGCUGCUGUGUGUUUAAAAAAAAGGUCGAUCUUGUUUCAAGUGUGGGCUAAACUGAGUGACACGAACCUAAACGGCCGAUACGCGGCGAGACUUUGCUGCAGCGGUGCCGAACGUUGUAUAAAGGAUGUUUCCGUUUGAGAUCCCUCCUCCACCUACUGAACUUGAACUUGUGUCCUGGAAUGGGCUCGGGGCUACAAGAGAUGCAACUUAUGCAACAUCUGUUCGUUUGGAUGUUGAAACCUUGUCUGGUACCAUCUCGAACGUCCUACCCUUUCUUGUUUGUAUAGUCACAGUAUAAGUGAUCAUUACAGUAAGCUUAAGACGCAGUGUCCACAUCUGUUGUAAAAACUCAGAUCUAUAAAAAUAUUUAGUGGUCAGAUGGCCAUGACUCUUUUAGCCUUGUACAGUUCCGUAUAAACAAAAGGAAACGCAGUUUUUAGCGGAAGAUAACAAAGCCAGCAAAUGUAAAACCAAUCCCCCCCUCACAGUAAUUGUGCAGCUUACAGUGUGCUGAUGUUUGUGAAGACUUGAAACUUCCUUCUUUUCAUUGUGACUCUGUUGUGUGUUUGAAUUAAGCUUUUUCAUCCAGACCUGUUUGUUUCUACCAGGGGUUUGUUUUGUGUGGGGUACUUGUUAGUUUAAGGAUUGGUCUAAUUGGCUCUGGUGGUGCCGUGAGAAUACCUCAGGAGGCAGCAUCCGCCACACGGAGAAAAAAACCUACAGCGUUUCAUUCGAGGUCAGCCUGAAUAUUUGUUUUUUUUUUUAUUUGUGAAACUUGAAGACAAAACACAGGUACGGCGUAAAUGACAGCACUACAGAGAAGGUACUGUUCAACAGAUUGUGACUCAAAUCUGCUUCUUGGGGUUUUUAUUUUCCAUGAGUUAAGUUAUUCUCUGACACAAGCAUAAUUAUAGGUCUGAUUAGAGCUCUACACGUUUCUUCUCGAUGGCAAAGAAGACAAAGCAAAUCAGUCACAACGAUGUCGUUUGGUAUGAUGGUUAGGCGGUGGAUUAUUCACUUACAUUGUCACCAUUCGCUCAUUUGUAGGGUCUGUUAUUAAUGUGCACAUUAAUAUAAAUGAGCAAUACAACAAAAAAACCAAACCUCACGCAUCUCUUUGUAUAGCCACAGUGUACAUUUAACAUUUCCCGUUAUAAUUACGAAUACUUAAUGUUAUCUUAUUUAGAAAUUUGAAUCAAUGUUUGUAUUUUGAAAGAGUAUUUAAAUGAUUAAAUUCUAUUUUUUACCGAACUGACUUUUUUUGACGUUGCUUUAUUUUGUGUGUGAUCCUGGCUGUAAAUUUCUGUGUAGGCUUUUUUUUUUCAUUUAGAUGAAGCCAUUUGAUGUCCUUGUCUAAACUUGUUCACAUUAAAUUCACUGUGAAAAAAGUGAAAUCUUCCGCUGUCUGGUGGAACAGGGAGUGGAUCCUGUAGGUGCUUUGUGCUGUGUAAUAAAUGGACACACCGCCACAUGUCAGUGGGCUCAUCAA